AUUUUCGGUUAGACAGUUCCCGUGAUUGGAUGUUAAUAGAAUUUUUGUCCAACGGAUUUUUAAUUGAAAUAAAAAAAGUGUUUUGGGAUUUUCUCAAUAAAAAAAUACACUGAAAAGUGUUUGGUGUUUGUUUGGAAAAUUUAAUUGAGUGAAAAUAUCCAUUAUACUGGCAUCAUGCAAGUGCAACCGCAAAAAUAUCAAGGCCUUGUGGCCGAUCUUUUGCCCAAUAUACGUCUUAUGCAGUCAUUUGGGCAUUUUCUCUUUAAAUUUGUAUCUGGACCAGUGAUGUUCAGAAAAAUCUACUCUUUCACACAUUUAUUUCUGCUCCUCUUUCAAUUUGUCAUGAUUAUCAUGAAUUUGGCAUUUACUGCUGGUGAUGUUAAUGAGCUAACAUCAAAUACAAUUACUACGCUUUUCUUCACACACAGCAUCACGAAAUUUCUCUACUUCGGAAUCAACUCUAAGAAUUUUUACAGGACUCUCAACAUUUGGAAUCAAUCAAAUACUCAUCCACUCUUUGCGGAAUCUGAUGCUCGAUAUCAUGCGCUUUCUUUGUCGAAAAUGCGCAAAUUGCUUACACUCGUCAUGACACUCACUAUGUUGUCUGUUACGGCUUGGGUUACGCUAACAUUCUUUGGCGAAAGUGUGAGAUACAUGACCAACAAGGAGACCAAUGAAACUUACACCAUAGACAUACCCAGACUCCCGAUCAAGGCUUGGUACCCAUGGGAUGCAAUGGGUGGCUAUAAAUACAUCCUUUCCUUUGUAUUUCAAGUAUACUACCUCAUAUUCUCAUUGUUCCAAGCAAAUUUGACGGAUGUACUCUUCUGUUCGUGGCUGCUAUUCGCAUGCGAGCAACUGCAGCAUCUAAAGGGUAUUAUGAAACCCUUGAUGGAGUUGAGUGCCACUUUAGAUACAUACAGACCAAAUACUGCUGCUCUGUUCAGAUCCAUUUCAGCAAACUCACACUCGGAAUUAAUCAACAAUGAAGUUGAGAAGGAUGUCACGGACUUGGAUAUAAGCGGAAUUUACAAUUCCAAGACAGACUGGGGAGCACAAUUUAAAGCACCAUCCAAUUUACAGAACUUCGGAAAUGGCACAAAUCCAAAUGGAUUGACCAAGAAACAAGAGCUCAUGGUUCGUACAGCAAUCAAGUAUUGGGUGGAGAGACACAAGCACGUAGUCAGACUCGUGGCAGCUAUUGGGGAUACCUACGGCAUUGCCCUUUUGCUUCAUAUGCUGACAUCAACCAUCAAACUCACUCUUUUGGCUUAUCAAGCCACCAAGAUAAGUGGCGUUAAUGUUUAUGCCUUUUCCGUCAUUGGAUAUCUCGUCUAUGCUCUUGGCCAAGUAUUCCUCUUCUGUAUUUUUGGAAAUCGUCUAAUUGAGGAAAGUUCUUCCGUGAUGGAAGCUGCAUAUUCUUGCCAUUGGUACGAUGGUUCGGAGGAAGCCAAAACAUUUGUGCAGAUCGUGUGCCAGCAGUGCCAGAAAGCUAUGACAAUAUCCGGAGCGAAGUUUUUCACUGUCUCAUUGGAUUUGUUUGCUUCGGUUCUUGGAGCGGUGGUUACUUACUUCAUGGUGUUGGUACAACUCAAAUAAGUUUCGAAGAAUUGUAAAGGAAUCGCUAAUAAGCGCGGAAAAAAUGAAAAUAAAAAAAACUUUAAUACAAUUUACGUUGCAUAAAGUAGACAUAAUAUUAUUCUGAAAAUAAGUUCACUAAUUGGAUAUGAAAUCUAUGAUGAUAUACCUAUUAUUUGGAAUAUUAUAAUCAUAUUGGUGUGUAUCUUGACGGGCAUUCACGAGAUAUAAAUCACAAAUAAGUGUUAUAAAUCAAUUUAACAUGAAACACACUAUAUAUUCUGUAGAAAAAAUCUUGUAAUAAUUACUAUGUAAAAGAACAGAAAAAUAUUUUUGUUAGAUGUAUGUAUUUUAAAAUAAAAUAAACUUAAAAAAAAGUUCUAAAAA